GUAAUAUACUUGUGCAUUUAUUUUGCCGAUCAUCAAAAGCAAAGGUAGACGAAGAAGACGAAGCAGACGAAGGAAAUCACAUACAAUCAUCUCUCUCUCUCUUGUUUCUCGCACUAACUAUUCUUCCAUUUCCAUCAACAGUUUGUUUUUCGUAGAGAGAGAUCACCGACUUCUUUGCGGAGACGCAAAGUCUGCAUCAGAUCUAACUUCGCUUCAAGAGAUUUUCUAUCAGGUAUAAUUUGGUCAAAUCAGGACGAAUAGGGCGAGAAUUCGUUUCAGAAAGGUCAAUAAAACAAUUUAGUAAUGGACAAAGAUUCAACCAUACUCCAAUGAUCGUCAGAUUACGCAGUUGAUCCCAUACGUUUUCAGAUUAGGUAGUUAAUAUAAGUGGAAGUUGAAAAUGGAGGAAGGAACGUUAGACCAAAGAACCGAACGAUACUCCAAGAUCAUAAAGGGUUCUUGGUGCAGUCAAUUUAGAUAUGGCUCUAAUCCCUGGAUGGCCAGAUAUGUCUAUGGAUUUUUGUUUCUGAUUGCAUCUUUGAUGGCAUGGGGAAUUCGGGAUUAUGGCCAAAUUGGUCUGACAGUAUUUAAGAGACUGAAUGGUUGUGAAGGUGGAGUAAAUUGUAUGGGUACAGAAGGAGUACUGCGAGUGAGCCUAGGAUGCUUUUUAUUCUAUUCUGCAAUGUUCUUUUCUACGAUAGGAACAUCAAAGUUGUAUGAAGCAAAAGAAUCUUGGCAUUCAGGAUGGUGGUCUGUCAAGUUGCUCUUGAUGAUUGGAUUUACUGUUAUACCCUUUCUUGUUCCUUCAAAAGUCAUACAAAUCUAUGGGCAGAUCUCACACUUUGGUGCAGGGGUAUUUUUAGUAAUUCAGCUCAUCAGCAUCAUCAGUUUCAUUACAUGGCUCAACGAUUGUUGUCAAUCAGAGAAAUAUGCAGAAAGAUGCCAUAUCCAGGUGAUGUUAUUAGCAACUACUGCAUAUAUCAUAUGCAUAUUCGGGAUCAUAUUGAUGUACAUAUGGUAUGCACCAGAUUCAUCUUGCAUGCUUAACAUAUUCUUUAUUAGCUGGACAUUUGUACUACUACAACUAAUGACCAGUGUUUCUCUCCAUCAAAAAGUCAAUGCUGGCUUCUUGACUCCAGGGUUUAUGGGUCUUUAUGUUGUCUUCCUCUGUUGGUCUGCUAUAAGAAGCGAACCUCCAGAAGAAAAAUGCCUCAUAAAGUCAGCCGCUGUAAAAAGAAAAGAUUGGCUUACCAUCAUAAGUUUUGUUGUUGGGGUGCUUGCAAUGGUCAUAGCAACAUUUUCGACAGGCAUUGAUUCAAAAUGUUUUCAGUUUAGGAAGAAGGAUACCGAAUCAGAAGACGAUAAAGUGCCAUAUGGAUUUGGGUUCUUUCAUUUUGUUUUUGCUACAGGAGCCAUGUACUUUGCAAUGUUAUUGAUUGGUUGGAACGCUGAGCAUCCAAUGCAAAGAUGGACACUUGAUAUCGGCUGGACCAGUACUUGGGUCAGAAUAAUCAACGAGUGGUUAGCAGUCUGCCUCUACAUAUGGAUGCUUUUGGCCCCAUUUAUAUGGAAGAACAGACAACCUGAUGAUUUAGUAUAGGAGAAGUUGUACAAUCUCCAAAUUAUUUGUUUUGGGGCCAAUUUUAACCCAUUUUUUACUUUACUAUAUUUGUUUUACAUCAUAGGGGCCUCAUCAUUUCUUGUAAAUACUCUUUACUCGUCAAUUAAAGGAAUUGUUAGUGAUUUA